AUGGCAGGUGACGAGGAUCCCCCAUCGAUAUCGCGAUCGGACUCGCAGUCCUCUGUUUCUGCUGAUGUUCCUGCUGAUAUCACGAAUGGAGCUAACACUCCGCAAAUUAUCGUUGAUGAUGAUCAUGAUAGCACCUUUGAUUUGAAUGACUCGCCUGAGGCAUCGUUGACUUCGCGGGCUUCAUUAGACUCUCUUAGCAUGAACGACGAUUUGUUUAACAGGAAUACCUCCACGGGUCCGAGCAGAAUGCACAGCAGCUCACAGAAUAUGCACAGACGGGGUGGAUCUGCAUCAACGCUAUCGUCUUUUAGACACAGUUUUGACGACUCAUCCGCUAUCUCAUUGGGCUCGAACAAAGUAUCAACAGCAAGUGUUUCCCCAUUGGGGCAGAAUUCGAUCUUCGAGCUGGUGCAAGGCGCAGACAGACUGAGGAGACAUCUGGGGUUAAUUUCGGUCAACAAUGGCUCAACUACGAUUAGUUUGAGAGGUCCCACUUUGAAAGAGAUACCUCCAAUUCAGCUAUCGCGCAUCACCAAAGCGAAGAACACACUGUUCAAGCCAUAUAUCUACGGCAUCGAUGAGGCCUACGACAAGUUUCAGGCAAACAGAAAAUUGACGCAAUCGACAUUGCAGGCAUUUAUUGAAAAGUGUGAAGAAGAAGAGAGAAAACAAAACACCAAUCUGAAUCGAGAUCUUCACUCUGUUGGAUCCACUCCUUCGGUUGAUGUACAGGAAGACGAGGAAUCUCUGAGCGUAAUCCCCGAGAUAUUCUUUUCAACAGACUUCCGCUUGGACAAUCCGAGGAUAUUUGACACGGUAACAGAAAGCUCCAGUAUAUUGAGCCAUGGAAACACUGAGUUCAACAACGAUGGUGUGGUGAAGCCUCUUUCCAAUAAUAACGUACUGCAAGAGAAGCUUUCAAGCUAUCUGGACAUUGUGGAGAUACACCUGAUUCACGAGAUAUCGAAGUCCUCCAGCUCUUUUUUCACAGCUUUGGACGAUCUGAAAGGAAUCACUCUCAAAUCAAGAAGCUCGACGAUGAUGCUAAAAGAGCUGGACUCGAAGUUCAAUGUGCUUGAAAAGAAUCAGAGCGAGAAAGCAAUCGAGAUGUUGAAGAUGAUCCAGAAGAGGAACAAUGUUGAGAAGCUGGAGCAGGUACUUCUACAGCUGUCGACCAUUAUGCAGCAUGCUGAUCUGGCUGAGGCCUCUUACUACAAUGCCAACUAUCACAAGUCGCUGGAUCAGAUUGACCAGGUGGAUGCACUCAUAAGGGGAGAUUCAUCAUCUCCAGAUGUGCAAAAGCUUGUUUCCCAUUGGCCGUAUCCUCUUCGUGAUCUACGGUCUGUGAAUGCUCUUGUGGGCCUCAAACAGCAGCUGAAAAAUCUUAGAAUGGAUAGUGGCAGAUCGUAUACCAAGCUGUUUGUGGACUUUCUGAUUGAGGACUUGAGAGAACACUACGAAAAGGUGCCCAAAGAAGACACAAUCCGCCGCAUGACUGCCAAUGUCUCGAAAGAUUCGAAGAGAGAGUACAGUGCAAAUGGCAACUUGAACUUGUCAUAUCACGACUUGAGCGACAAGUUCAAAGCGCAAUUAAAAGAGUAUAUACAGGGACUCACCAGGUGUAUGGAGCUAUCUGGCGCUUUCAAGGCCUAUGAGGAUGCAUUCCUAGCAGACCUGAAGAACAUUGUGAAGCAAAAUCUACCAACCGAUAUGCUUGACUCAGAUUCAACGCCCACGGCUGGUUCCAGGCGUACAUCUUCUGUGAGAUCAGAUGGAAGAUCCGGAUCGGGAGGUCUCAGCAACAACGUGCGUUCUUUGACUCCCAAGGAAUUUGAAGACACCUUGAUCACCAUCUAUUGCCAACUUUCGGAGGCUCUAAGACGUCUGAUGACGCACCAAAAGAUCCUUCUGGAUAUUGCCUUGAACUCCAUUUCUGUUAGUAAUAGCAGACUGCUGCAAGAUGAACCAGAUCUUAUAAUGCAAUUGGACAUCACAAAGUCUGUCAAUGCUUGUAUCGAAGUGUCUCAAAACAGAAUUUCAAAAGUCAUCGGUGUUAGAAGGGAGCAGACUGCGAGUGUUUCUCUUGACUUUUUCUUGAGAUUCUACUCUGCAAAUGGCCUCUUCUUGUACGAAUGUGAAACUAUAUCCGGUAUUUCUGUGACUACAUCCUUGCAGGAUGUAAUUGAGGUGCAAACUCGCAUGUUUGCGUCUCAGUUCCACAACAUCAGUAUAACGAUGAUGAAGGAGAAGGUUGACAAAGAAGUUUGGAAAGAUUGUCUUCUACCGAAAAGUGUUCAGAAACUUGUUGAUGAGAUUGUGGAAUCGGCUGAUGAGGAUCCACCUUCAUGGUUGGAAGUGCUUAAGCUUGACAAGCAUUCAGGUUCUGUCACAAAUGGAUCCCAUGGUGCUGACGAUGACCGCAAGACCCUUGCCAUUGAUGAUAAGAGUCUGAUAGUGCCUGUUGUCACGGUUGGUCUCCUCAAAGUGUUGAAGGACUACAUGAUUUUGAAAAUGGUCUUUCCCAACAAUAUCGAUCUAUUUGAGCAAAACAUCCUUGAAAUCUUGAGAGUAUUCAAUGUGAAUGUUAACCAUGCCGUUCUGGGUGCCGGGGCUACCAGAACUGCCGGCUUAAAGCACAUAUCUCUAAAGCACUUGGCGAUUGCUUCUCAGUUGCUGGACUUUGUGAUAUGCAUCAUUCCCUAUGUGAAGGGAUGUUUCCGUAGGUCCCACUCAUCAGAGGACCGCAGCGAGAGCUUCGAUAGCGUGAGGGCUCAGUACCAGGAUCACCAAAACCAGAUAUUCGUCAAGCUCGUUGAAAUAAUGACAGAAAGAGUGAAAAAGCAUUGCGAUGAUAUCAAGAACAUAGAUUGGUCCCUCCCACUCAAACAACUUCCUUGUCACCCAUACAUGGAAGUUCUCGUGAAGGAGACUCUGACGGUUUCCAGAGUAUUGCAAAGAUAUCUACCUGAGUCUCAAUUCACAGUCAUCCUUUCAAAGAUCUUUGAGGAGUACAAGAGGUCCCUUGUGGACCAGUACACACAGGUCAAAUUCAAGGAUUCCAUUGAAAAGGCGAUCAUGAUGAGAGAUAUUGAUUAUUUUAGAGAGAAGUUGGCGGAUAUCAUUGGAUACGGGAAUUCUGGCCAGGUGAUCUGGGAGAAUAUCAAUGCCAUGGAAACAGACGAAGAUAUCAGAAUGGAGCAAAUUAUGAGACAGAACAUUAUGGAAGAGACAAGGCAAUCUGCUGAGUUUGAAAGAUCUACGGCCGGAACACCUCGAAGCUCAUUUGAGCUAAGUCCUGAUGACGCAGUGGUGACGAAGGACGAGGACUCUCGACCAGAAGUUUCCACGGAACCCCAAAGCCAGGUGGAUCCUGUCGAACCAGAGAAGCCUGUGGUACCCGUAGAACCACAGGUGUCUGGACCAGUUCCCGAGAUUGUGGUUGAGGAGUCUCAGAAUGAGGACCAAAGGAUCACAAUCCCGGGAAUACUCGCUCCUGAUGAGACUCUUUCUGAUUUCGAUUACACACACGCUGAAGAUGAAGAUGGAAAGGAACGCACGUGGAUUCCUGAGUUAAAUGUUCUUCCUGAACCAGAGGAUGGGGAAUCGGAAAAGAGUGAUGACCAGGAUCUUGACCAAGAAAAUGAUAAAGAACUCCCUGAGGUACCCAACAAUGUGAACGAGGCCGAUGAAGAGAUGACCCUAUCUGUCACAAGCACUGACGAGACGCCUGAGGAUGUGACAGAAGUUGAGGGGCACACUGUGGAGCCUGAAGUUGAAAUUGAAGCUGAAGUUGAACCUGAACCUGAAGUUGAACCUGAACCUGAACCUGAACAACCAGAAGCGGAACCAGAAGCGGAACCAGAAGCGGAACCAGAAGCCUCUGAUGACAGUAUGAAGCCAGAAGAGGAAGCUGGGUCUGAAUGUUCCACCAAAAAUGAGGCGGGCGACUCCAAGGAAGAAGCCACCGAAACCGAAACGCUGAACGAGCAGCCAGAGACAUAG